AACAACAACAAGUUAGCUUUAACGCAGCUACUUUGACAUAUUGAGGUCUGAUUUAUGCUGGGAUCUGAUUGGUCUAGGCUGCAUGGCUCUGUAUUCUCGAUGUAUUUACUGUGGUGCGCUGGGCGGGCGGAGACCUUGGUUCUUCUCUUAUUGGCUUUAUUCUCUACUGCGUAGUCUCCGCCCGUACAGUUACCCUUUGCAGCAAUACAGGCACACAGCUUGUUAGCGUGGACUCGCGCGGAGUUUUGAUAGUGUACACAGCGGUGGCGGGAGACUUUCGACAGAGCAAAACAGAGCAAAACAGGGUAGUUGGUGUAUUUAAUAUUUUAAUAGGCCUAAAAAUAAAAGUGCGUGUUAGAGCCAAAACUCUCAGUUAUUAUCUUUGUUAAAAGAACACCAAAGAUGGAGGACUUUGGAAUUUAUGCUGUUUUUGGAUUACAAGCGCCGCCUCAGAGACUCCUGAGUGCCAAUGGGUGCAGCAGGGUUUGUGUCGCAGUACCACGGACUGUCCAGCAAGUGGUACUGUUUAGCAGCGGGCCCUGGGGUGACAGAAUAUGUGUCAACGCAGAGCUCAACGACACUGAACGAAUUCCGAUCACUAUAGGGAAGCUAACACCCUACAACAGGUGUCUUUCAUGGGAGCAAUGGGAGGAGGACACAUGGACAGACAGUGUCACCUUGAACCUCAGACUGGAGGGAGGAAACCCGGCAACAGAAAAUUGGUCAGAACCAGAACAAAUCCUGGCCGUGAAGGAGUAUACACCAAAGGACACCACAGUUCAUCGUUCUGCUCAGGACCUAUAUGGCAAAAGGAAACGAGGACGAAUGGCAGCCGAUGAAAAUGAUCAGGACAAUGUGUCAGAGACAGGUGAAGAUGAGAACAGGUGUCCAAAUGGAUCUAAGAACAGCACCACACCUGUGCGAAAAGCCAAAGGCCAAAGCAAAGGAGGACAGAAGCUGUUCAGUAAUGGAACAGAGGCAGCAAAGAUGGAGGGGACAGCUGAAGUUGCAGGAGAAACCCACAGGAUUCUGGGUAAAACACCUCCUCCAAGUGUAACCAGGACAAAAAACAAGCAGGCCAAGACUUCCACACAGACUGCUGCAAUAGUGAGUCCGUCAGGACGAUGGGGACAGACUUUGUGUCCCAUCGAUGCACAGACAGCCAUCUUGAUUGGAGGACAAGGAGCCAGGAUGCAUUUCUGUAAAGAUCCGAUGUGGAAGCUCUGUACAGAGGACAUGUCUUGGAUGGCAGCAGAGACGUUGGCAGAGGGUCCCACUCCUGAAGCCCGAAUUGGCCACACAUCAGUCUAUGACCCAGACUCAAAGCGGAUCUUUGUGUUUGGAGGCUCUAAAAACAAGAAGUGGUUCAAUGAUGUUCACAUCCUAGACACCCAGAGCUGGAAGUGGACCAUGGUGGAGGCUCAGGGUAAGGUGCCUCCUCUGGCAUACCACAGUUGCAGCAUGUUCCGAGGGGAACUUUUCGUACUUGGAGGAGUGUUUCCUAAUCCGAACCCGGAGCCCGACGGCUGCAGUGACUCCCUGUAUAUCUUUGAUCCAAACCUCUCAAUCUGGUACGAACCAAUCGUGACGGGUGACAAACCCUCCCCACGUUCAGGUCAUUCUGCAUGUUUGAUGCAGGAGAGGAAAAUCUACAUGUUUGGUGGAUGGGACACUCCUGUCUGCUACAACGACAUGUUCAUGUUGGAUCUUGGUCUCAUGGAGUUUGCUGUUGUGAAAACCAGUGGAAAGGCCCCAUCUCCCCGAAGUUGGCACGGCAGUGCUGUCCUUUCAGACACAAAGUUUUUGAUCCAUGGAGGUUACAACGGAAACAAUGCGCUCAGUGACACCUUCAUCUUUGACAUAGAAACCAACAGCUGGACGGAGUUGACGCUCCCUCAGUUGUCUGUACCCAGAGCAGGACACUCCCUCAUCACUAUGAACACAACGAGUCUCCAGCUUCUCUCAGGGGACAGUAAGGAUGUGGACAUGGACUCUGAGGACAAGAGUUUGAUGGUGUUUGGAGGUGGUGAUAAUGAGAGAAACUUCUACUCGGAUGUAACGACAGUCUCUGUGAAGGAGCUGCUUUCUUCUGUUUAGACUCAGAGUCAGGUGGCUUUUAUUAUUUAUAUAAAUAUAACUUUACCUCUAUGGUAUGGUUUUAAUUUUUGAACUUUUCCCCAGUUUUCUUUUAUAAAAAACAUAUAUCAAAAUCUAUGUAAUUGAAUAAAUGUAUUUUGUUUGUUUAUAUAUUGUUUAACGCUUCAGACGUUCUUGCUCAGGUAAGAUUUAUAUUUUUGUUUAGCUAGAUUUGGGGUUGCUUUUGUUCACUUUGGGUGUUUGUGAUUUAGUACUGCUUUAUUUCUGUCUUUAUAUAAUAAAUUGGAUAUUCCAUUGUUUGGUUUGUGUUUGUACUAUGAACUGCAUAUCCACACUCUGAUUGGUUACCUUCUGCUCUUCCUUUUUGUGUCGUUAGAGUCAGCUUCCUUUUAACAAGGCUCAUUGCUGUAAUCUGAUGAUCUCCUAACCUGUAUCAAUUGUUGCUCCACAAUUCAUGAUGACCUUAGAAAGAAGGCAGCACUAAGGACAAUCAAUCUGUUUUUGAUGACGCAAAAACCUUUGAUGUUUCUUUGAUCUGUACACGUGAUGUCUAAUUAGAGUUUAUGUAGCGCUUGGUGUUUUUUUGUUUUUGUUUUUUUUAGAUGGUUCGUCUUUCAAUUGUAGCCUCGAUAAUAAAAAUGAACACAUGAUAAACCAACAUUCGCCAUGAAUCAUAAGAAGACAUUCGACGUACAAAUA